AUGUCGCGCCCAGUCUCCCUCCACCUCCUCCGCACCCUCCGUCCAGUUACCACCCGUCACCUCUCCACAACCACAUCACCCACACCCACACCCAAGCGGAUAAAAAACCUUCUAGUCGCAAACCGUGGAGAAAUCGCGUUAAGAGUCCACAGAACGGCUACGAAGCUGGGAACGACGACUACAACGCUAUACACGGACCCAGACGCCCACGCAGAACAUGCACUCGUAUCGUCACAUUCUAUAAAUAUCGGACCUCCGAGUGCGUAUCUUGAUAUCGAGAAGAUUGUAAAAGUGGCGAAGGAGAGAGGGUGUGAUGCUAUUCAUCCGGGUUAUGGAUUUCUUAGCGAAAAUGCUACCUUCGCAAGAAGAUGUACCGAAGAAGGAAUCCUCUUCGUCGGUCCUCCACCAUCAGCAAUCGACUCAAUGGGUAAUAAAUCCCUAUCAAAGGAUAUAAUGAUCUCAGCCGGCGUUCCCUGUAUCCCCGGCUACCACGGCACAAACCAAGACCCAGCCUACCUCCUCUCGGAAGCCGAAAAGAUCGGAUUCCCCGUCCUAAUCAAAGCCGUAAAAGGCGGUGGUGGCAAAGGCAUGAGAAUCGCGCGUCAAAAUGAAGAAUUCCUAGCAAUGUUAGAAAGUGCAAAAACAGAAGCAAGAAACUCGUUCGGUGAUGAAGUUGUUUUGGUUGAGAAGUAUAUUACCACACCGCGUCAUAUUGAAGUACAGGUGUUUGCGGAUAGUCAUGGGAAUUGCGUCGCUUUGGGGGAAAGAGAUUGUUCGAUUCAAAGGAGACAUCAGAAGAUUCUUGAGGAAUCACCGGCGCCGCAUUUGGAUGAAGCUAUUAGACAGGAUAUUUGGAAGAAAGCUAGAGAUGCGGCGUUGGCGGUUGGGUAUCGUGGUGCUGGUACGGUUGAGUUUAUAUUCGAUAAUGAUACCGGUGAAUUCUUCUUUAUGGAGAUGAAUACUAGACUUCAAGUCGAACAUCCGGUUACGGAAAUGGUAACGGAGACGGAUUUGGUUCAUUGGCAAUUAAUUGUUGCUGAAGACGGGAAGUUACCGCUUACUCAGGAACAAGUUGAGAAGCAGAUGAAUGGGCAUGCUAUUGAAGCUAGAAUAUAUGCCGAAAACCCGGAUAUGAACUUCAUCCCAGACUCCGGCCCCCUCCUGCAUCUCCGCACCUCAACCCCUUCAGAAACAGUCCGCAUAGACGCCGGCUUCAAACAAGGCUCCAUAAUCUCCUCCCACUACGACCCCAUGAUCGCAAAACUAAUCGUAAAAGCCCCAACUCGCGAACUAGCUCUCCAAAAGCUAGUAGCAGCAUUAGAAGACUACGAAGUAGUAGGAAUGUCCACCAACAUUGAAUUCCUAAAACGCUGCGCCGCCCACCCAGCUUUCAUCAGCGGUGAAGUCGAAACCGGGUUUAUCGAAAAACACAGAGAUGAACUAUUCGAACGACGACAGACACCAGGGGAAGUAUACGCUCAGGCAGCGUUGGGAUUAGUUAUGAACCAAAGUCUUGAAAGCGUCUCUGGUGAUCCGUUCAGUUACUUCGCUGCAGGAAACGGGGGUAUUCAAACCCGAAAGGUCUCGUUGGUAGAAAAAUACAAAGAAGAAGAAACUCAAAUCUCUGUGGAUAUCGCAAGAACUGGUAAUGGUAUCUUCGACAUUACGGUCACCACCCCGAAUGGAACAGAAACAUACCCAUCAGUAGCAGCGGAAUAUUCCCCUUCAUCACCAAAGGAUAUUACAUCGUUCUAUCCACAUACAAGGCUAGAAACUAGGUUUAUUAGAACAGAUGAUAAGGUUACGCUGUUCCAACAGGGCGUGCAGUACACACUUCAUAUCCAGAGACCGAAGUGGUUUGAAAAGGCAUUGGGAGUAAAGAGUAUGGAGAAUAGUGUUUGCGCUCCCAUGCCGUGCAAGGUUUUGAAGGUUUUGGUGAAAGAAGGGCAGGAAGUUGUGAAAGAUGAGCCGUUGGUGGUCAUCGAGAGUAUGAAGAUGGAGACUACGAUUAGAAGUCCGAAGGUCGGAAAGGUGGCGAGGGUAGUCCAUGGAGAAGGGGAUAUCUGUAAGGCCGGGACGGAGUUAGUCGAGUUUGAGGUGGUGGGCGAAGCUUAA